AUGGUCAAAGUCCUCAUCUCCCUCAGUGUCUUGGCCACUGCCGUAACGGCUGGCUCCGUCACGGAACUUCCCGAGUCUGUGACCAAGCUCAUCGACUACGGCACACACCCAUGCGAGGACUUUUACCAAUAUGCGUGUGGCGCGUGGUACAAUAAUGCUGUGAUACCCCCCGACGAACCCAAAAUCGAUACGUCGUACUACAAGAUCUUGAUCGAAAACGAAGCCGUAUUGAAGAAGAUUUACUCUAACAACACGACCAAGCUUGGUGAGUUUUACAACUCCUGUUUGGACACGGCUACACUAUCGUCGCUCGGCCUGACUCCGCUGGAGGACUCGUUCAAAGCCAUUCGGUCCGCCAACACCACGUUGGACCUCCUCGUCGUGGCUGGUGAAUUGGCCAAGAACGGUAUCCCUGCCUUCGUGGACAUCAACUCCAGCGCUGAUGACAACGACUCGACCAAGAACGCCCUCUUCGGUUUCGGAGCCCCCCUGUCGCUGGAUCGCUCAUACUACACCACCCCUUCCAAGUGGGACACCGUCGAAGCCACCUACAAGGUGUACAUUGCUGCGGUGUUGCAGCUAGCUGGCUACACUGCUGAGCAAGCGGCGACUGCCGUGCCGGUGAUCAUCCGUUUCGAGCAAGCUCUGGCCGGUGUCGCCCUCAGCGAGCUCGAGGAGAAGGAGGCCGUUGUGUCUCCGUAUACUGCGUUGACGUACUACCAACUGGACCAGAAGUACCCGCUGCUUAUCGGCUCGUGGCUCAAGGCCAACGGCUUCAACGUCCGCGAUCAGUGCGGUGGGUCAAACGACUGGGUGGGGUUUUACUACUCGGCCUACUUUGACAAGACCGAAGAGUUAUUGAAGAACACGACAUUGGACGACCUCCGCACCAUCGUGGAGUACAAGCUCAUCCAUGCCUCGUCGAAUCACUUGACCCCUGAAUUCCGCACGGCCAACUGGAACCUGUUCGGCAAGAAGAUCGAUGGCGAAACGGUGGAACCUUCUCGUGAAAAGUUCUGCUUGUCUGAGACCGGCAAGACCGUGAAGGAUCUCUUGGGCCAAUACUUCUUAGACGAGGUGUGGUCGGAUGAUGCAGCCAAGAAGGUCGACGAACUGGUCAAGGCCUUGACGUCGUCCUUCUCCACUAGCAUUGCCACCGCCGACUGGUUGGACAACUCAACCCGCGCCAAUGCGCAAACAAAGCUGUCCAAGCUUGUACACUUGGUGGGUGGCCCAGAGAAGCCGCAGCUGUACCCCACGCUGACGUUUGACUCGAAGUCGUAUUUGAAGAACCAGUGGAAGGUGUCUCAAGUGGACAUCGACACCAACUUGAAGCUGAACGGCCAACCUGUGGACAGGCGCAGAUUUGGCGUGCCCCCCCAUGUGGUGAACGCGUUCCACAGGCCCUACGCGAACCAAGUUGUGCUCCCGGCCGGCAUUUUACAAAAACCAUUCUUUGACAGUCAGUUUGACGCCGCCCAGAACUUUGGUGCUAUCGGCGCAACCAUCGGACACGAAAUUACCCAUGGGUACGACAACACCGGCCGCGAGUUCGAUGGCGACGGAAACUUGAACCCGUUGUGGUCGGAGGCCACCAAAACUGCGUUCAAGGCGAAAGCCCAGUGCUUUAUCGACCAGUACGACAAGUUUCCUGUCUGGAGUGAAGUGAAUGGCGUUGUAUUUGGCACAAUCAGCGGCGAGAUCUCUUUGGAUGAAACCAUUGCGGACAACGGGGGGCUCAAGACCAGUUUCCGCGCGUACCACGAGAACUUGAAGGAAUUCCCGUCCCAAUACACGGAAGAAGCAGGCGACAAGUUGUUCUACUUGUCGUUCGCCCAAGCCGAGUGCUCCAAGAACACGGAUUACCACCUCCUCGGGUCUGUGAAGAGUACGCACCCGCCUAGUAGGAUCCGCGUGACAGGGGCGUUGCAAAAUGACGCUGAGUUUGCCCGUGUGUUCCAGUGCCCCACCAACUCGUACUUGAACCCGUCCAAGAAGUGCUUGUUGUGGGAAUAG